AUGUUCCCCGCGAGCGAAUCCUCCCGAAAACGUUCCCACGCGAGCUCUGUGGCUGGUGAUGGCCCGGCCUCCCGUACGCGGAGCCGAAGCCGUUCGAUUAGCUCCCGCGUAUCCAGCGCCUCUGGGCCUGGUGCGUUCCCAGCUUCAUCUCCCCCAGAACGACCACUUUUAGCCUCUGGUGGCGUUGUAACGCCUCCCCAGGAUCCCUUCAAGGCCCCCUCUAAGGGCGAUCCUAAGGGCAAGGCCCCCGAGCUCCCAACGCCAACGCCAACCAUACCUACCAUCGUUCGCAGGAAAUCCGCGAUAACCCUGCCUACACAACCACCAGUUGCCUUCCCUACGAUCGAGCCUACCACCGCGUACGAUCCCCGUGUUGAGAACCUUACCCGCCAACUCACAACCCUUCGGCACAGCUACAAGAGCGAACUCUACUCCGCCAGCAAGGCCGCUGCUGGGCGUGCCGGGGCUCCGGGCACCGCUCAGCGCAUGAGCGAAGUUGAUGUUUUAGAUCCGUCUCUGGCCCGUGCACUCCAGCUUACCACGUUUAAGCUAUCCUCCCCUAUUUCCUUACGCCUCGCGAAUGACUCCCCCUAUCAGACCAUCACUGAAGCCGCCCUAGCCCCGUUACGCUUCGGCGAGCACGCUGAACAACGCCUGAUCUACCUCGCCUCCCUCCCAACCUACAAACUCAUCCUUGGAGACCCGUGGCUGAGCGACCAUAACCCCCGGGUUGACUUUGCUGACCGCUAUGUCUGCUUCAAUUCAGCCCAGUGCUUUGAGAAGGGAUGUCUUGACCAUGCCCGCCCCUGUACUGUGUACGCCCGGGGCUCUCCCGUGCAGCCCACCAAGCGCGAAACCCCCACGGCUGACAUCCAGUUCGUGAGCGCCCGCCUGUUCUUUAUGCUGGCGAAGCGCCGCGACCACCACGGCUUCGUCAUGAUGCCCCGGCAGCAGGCCAAGCAGCUCUGCGCCACAACCACGGGGGCUGUACAGCCUGAGGACUAUGACAAGUUCAUGGCCGGCGCCCCAAAAUACACGCUAGAGGAGCUUAAGAAACGUGUCCCCCGCGAGUACCACAGCGUGAUCAAGGUCUUUAUGAAGGAGGAAGCAAACCAGCUCCCCCCACAUCGCCCUGAGGACCAUGAUAUCCGGCUUACUGAUGGCGCCGAACCCCCAUUCUCCCGCAACUACCGGCCAACGAACAUCCAGGAAUGCGAGGUGAUCCUGAAAUAUAUAAAGGAGCACCUGGGUAAGGGUUUCAUCCGGGCUAGCUCAUCCCCAACAGCAGCCCCAGUCCUCGUUGUCCGCAAGCCUGGUGGUGACCUCCGUGUGUGCAUCGACUACCGCGCGUUAAACGAGCUCACCAUCAAGAACCGCUACCCGAUCCCGCUCAUCACUGACACGCUGGCGAAGCUCUCCCAAGCCAAGGUCUUCACAAAGCUCGACGUCGUUGCCGCGUUCAACCAGAUACGCAUGAAAGAGGGGAAGGAAUGGCUCACUGCGUUUAACACGCGCUACGGGCAGUUUGAAUACCUUGUCAUGCCAUUUGGCCUCUGUAACGCCCCCGGGACCUUCCAGAGUUAUAUUAACAACUCGAUCCUUGACUACCUCGACAUCUUCUGCACCGCGUACCUCGACGACGUCCUGGUAUACAGCAACACCCCUGAAGAACACACUGACCACGUGCUAAAGGUCCUCCAACGGCUGCUCGAUCGAGGCCUAUACGUGGACAUCGACAAGUGCGAAUUCAGCGUCAAACAGGUCAAGUAUCUUGGCCUGAUUGUGAGCACGGAUGGCAUCAAGAUGGACCCUGAGAAGGUCGAAGCGAUCCUUAACUGGGAGACCCCCCAGUCUGUUAAGGAUGUACAGGCUUUCCUGGGGUUCUGCGGCUUCUACCGGCGCUUUAUCAAGGCCUUCUCGCAGCUAACACACCCCCUAAACGAGAUCAUGAAGGGCUCCGAGACGUAUACGACGAAGACCGGGAAACGUCGCGUACGCUAUCAACCAUUUGAGUGGAAUCCUAAGCGGGAAGCAGCCUUCCAGGCCCUGAAACAAGCCUUUAUUAACGCCCCUGUAUUAGCGCACUUUGACCCUGAUAAAGAGACCUGGGUCGAGACAGACGCCUCAGACUUCGUGACUGCUGGCGUGCUAUCCCAGAUGCAUGAUGGCGAGCUACGCCCAGUGGCCUUCUUCUCAAAGAAGAUGGCCCCUGCAGAGACUAACUACAUGAUCUAUGAUAAAGAGCUACUCGCGAUUGUUCGAGCAUUCGAGACAUGGCGCCCAGAGCUCACCAGCGUACCCCCAGAGGGCCCGGUGAAGGUGCUAUCUGACCACCGCAACCUGGAGUACUUCAUGACCACAAAGCAACUAAACCGUCGUCAAGCCCGCUGGGCAGAGUUCCUCUCUGAAUUCAACUUCAAGAUCCAGUAUCGCCCCGGGACGCAGGGGACCAAGCCUGAUCUUCUUACCCGUCGGUCCCAAGACCUCCCUAAAGGUUUUGAUGACGAGCGCGAGCAACAACAGUUUCAAACAGUCCUCCAGAACGAACACCUCGACGAGGACGUACAGAAGGCAAUCUGCGCGACCUUUGCCGUCACCACCCGCGCUCGCGUCACCACGGUUGAAGAAGCCCCUGAAGAACCCCCUGAAGAACCCCCUGAAGCUGCCCCUGAAGCUGCCCCCGAAGCUGCCCUAGAGCCAGCCCAGUUAGUGGAUAAAUACGACGUCCCAGACCUCUUCUCAGACACUGACUCUGAGGUGAGCGAGCCUCCGGCCACCAUGCCCGACGAAGAUAUCCCUGGGGACGCCCAUAGGGACGUCACCCCCGAAGCAACCCCCGAACCAGAGGCUGAAGCCCCCAAAGAGCCCCUGGAGAACCUUAUCACGGAGGCCUACGCGAACGAUGAGCUUGUACAGGCCAUGAUCAAGGCAGUGAAUGAAGGCCUACCACGGCUGCCCGCGCCUAUUAGAUCCCAAGGCGUUAAGCUCUCCAUGGCAGACCUGACGAUACGCGACAACCGGCUCUGGGUUAAUGAGAGGCUCUAUAUCCCUGAAAGCGAUCGUCUCCGGCAAAGGAUUAUAGAGACUCACCACCGACCAACCACUGCUGGCCACCCUGGGCGGAAGGGAACAUACCGGAAGGUCAUCCUCCACUAUUAUUGGCCGCGCAUGCGCGAUGACUGCAAGCGCUACAGUGACUACUGCCGUACCUGCGCGCGCUCGAGGGCCCAGCGAAAGUGGCUUGACAUCUCUAUGGACCUUGCGGAAGACCUUCCCCCAUGCACGCUAAAUAACCUCACCUACCGCCACGUGCUGAUCGUGGUCGACCGCCUGACGAAACAACGUAUCUUCGAGCCGCUGCAGACCAAAGAAACCAGCGAGCUCGUGGAGGUCAUGCACCGCCGCGUCUUCUGCGAGUUUGGUCUCCCUCGUUCAAUUAUAUCAGACCGUGGGAGCGCCUUUAUAAGCCAUUUCUGGCGCCGAUACUGCGCUCGCCACCAUGUUUCUGUUAAACUGUCCUCCGCCAACCACCCUGAGACCGAUGGCCAGUCUGAAAACGCUGUCAAGGGCCUAAAAAAUUACCUCCGUGCCUACAUUAACUACGCCCAGGACGACUGGGCCUGGUUCCUGCCUGAUGCCCAGUUCGCCACGAACAACAACGUCAGUGAGACAACUGGCAUGACACCUUUCUUCGCCUGCCACGCCUACCACCCCCGUACAGGCGCUGAACCUCCAGGCAUGUAUGGGGAUCCCCCAAACCACCCCCAGGCACUCGCCGCGGACCAACUGGUUCAACGCACGCGCGAGACCGUGGAAUUCCUUCAGGACGAGAUCGCCUGGGCCCAAGGCUCCCAUGAACGCUACGCCAACCAGCAACGCCAGCCCCAUCCGCGCUAUAACGUGGGAGACCUCGUGUACGUGGAUGCCCGUCACUUCAACCUCCAGCGGAACAGCGAGUCGUUAGCCCCAAAGAACCUUGGGCCGUGGCCAAUCAAGCGCGUGAUCGAUGGCAAGGCCUAUGAGGUUGAACUACCAAUUCACAUGCUAAACGCUGGUAUUACCCCUAUUUUUCAUCCGUGGAAGCUCCAUCUUGCCUCGAACAACCCCCUCCCCGGCCAGGUAGCCGACCCCGAACCCCCAGUCAUUGUCACCGACCCUGGCGAUCCUGAAGGCCAUGAGGAAUGGGACGUGCGCGAGAUUGUCAACUGCCGCAUGUACCGCAACCACCACCAAUACAAGGCUAUAUUUAAUGGCCCGUGGGAUGAGUGGAACGCUGAUCCUCCAUGGCAGCCCUGGACGGAUUUCAAGAACGCGCCUGAGAAGAUCCUUGCCUAUCACUAAUAGCACCCCGAGAAGCCCCCGCCACCUGAUUUCUUCAACUAAACUUCGUGUACACAUCCUUAUUCUAUCCUAUAUCUACGUCUCUGGCCGCGAUAUCUGCAUUGUUAAGGGGGGGGGUAGUGUCACGGGCCUCGUCCCGCUUAGGUCAUCGCCACGUGACAAUUCUCUGUAUAUAGUCGGUCCCGCUUCGCGGAACCUCCAUUAGUUCUCCAUGCUUCGUAUUUUAGUUUAAUACGACCUUGUUCAUCGAGAGACGUUC